GGGGUCACAGCCUGGCGGGCCAGGUCACGUGCCAGGCGCCCUGGGGCUGGCUAGGCUAAUUACCAGCGCAGAGACACGCACAGGGGGCGCCAUCCCCCAACCGCCAUUGGCUCCCGCAUCGCCGCUCGUGCCGCCCAGCCUGAGGGGGGGCAGACGCGCAUAGAGACUACAGCUCCCAGCAUGCAGCGCUACGGCAUUUGACUUCCGCCGUCAGGCUCGGAACACGUGACCGGAAGGGCGUCGCCUCUUGGGAAAGGUCACUGGGGGGCAAGAUGGUCUCCGCCAAGCAGCUAGCGGACUUCGGCUACAAGGCCUUCUCCGGCUCCAUGAUGCUUCUGACCGUCUACGGGGGCUAUCUCUGCAGCGCCCGAGUUUACCGUUACUUCCAGCGCCAAAAAGCCCUGAAGCAGCUUGAACAGAACCAGCUAAACCCAGGGGCCGUGGAAGACUGAGUGCUGCUCCCGGGCUCAGAGACACUGAAUGAGCAGCGCGGAGGCUGGGUUGAGAUUACUUCUGCUGCAGUAUCAGGUAGCAAGUGCAACCCUUCCAGAUGACAGAUGAGGGCUAGCUUAGAUCAUCCGGGGUUUUCCUCCCGCACACUACGGUGUCUUGUUUCUCUGCACUAGCGAGAGGUUACAAAGUAACUCUGUGUAAGCAUGUUUUGAUCAUGUGAUAAUUAAAUAUUUUACUUAUUUA